ACGUACAAGGGUGUAGGCGCUGGAAUCGAAACUAAAACAAUUCGGAAGGGCUGAUAGUAUACAGUAGAGAGGCCGAAACGCUGGUGUUCAAAGAAUUGUGUGUUUUUUAAAAUCUAAAUUAACUGUAAAGUUAACAAUGGCAGCGCCAAGGAAAGUGAAGAUAGGUAUAAUUGGUGGCUCAGGAUUAGAUGAUCCCGAUAUUUUAAGCGAUAGAAAAGAAAUUACUUGCAGCAGUUCAUAUGGAUCGCCCUCAGAUUGUCUUAUUGAAGGAAAAAUAAAGGACGUUGAUUGUGUUCUCUUAGCUAGGCAUGGACGAAAGCAUAAUAUUAUGCCAUCUAAUGUAAAUUAUAGAGCAAAUAUUUUUGCUUUGAAAGAGCAAGGAUGCACUCAUAUAGUAGUUACUAAUGCAUGUGGAUCAUUAAAGGAAGAAAUUAAACCUGGAGAUAUAAUUUUUCCGGAUCAGUUUAUUGAUCGUACUACUAAAAGGGAAAGCACUUUUUAUGAUGGAAAAGAGUCUUCCCUGAAAGGUGUUUGUCACAUACCUAUGCAUACACCAUUUUGUCCAGAAACUCGUCAGAUUUUGAUUAAAACAGCCAAAGAAUUGAAAAUUCCCUACCAUGAAUCUGGAACAAUUGUUGUUAUAGAAGGACCUCGUUUUUCAACUAAAGCAGAAAGUCACUUAUUUCGUUCAUGGAAGUGUGAUAUUAUUGGCAUGACUACUGUUCCUGAAGUUGUAUUAGCAAAUGAACUUGGAAUUUGUUAUGCUACUAUUGCUAUGGCUACAGAUUAUGAUUGUUGGCGUGAUGAUGGAGCAUCAGUUUGUGUUGAGGAUGUGAUGGCUACAAUGAAAAACAAUGCCGCUAAAGCAACUCACAUACUUUUAAAAGCUAUUCCUGCCAUUGCAGAGAAAGAUUGGACAGAUGUUUGGUAUAAGCAAGAGGCAUGUGCAAAAUCUGCAGUUAUGCUGUAAGAAUUACUGGCUUAUGAAAAGAAAUGAGAUUAUUAAAGUACAACUUUUGCUUUCAACAAGAUAAUAUUUUAACUUGCCAAAAACUUUUAAAUAAAGUUAACUAUUGCUGUA